UGCGCGGUGCUGUGCGGGACUCUGGGGGGUCCCCGCCGUACGUCUGCGCCCUGACCGGCUGGUGCGCCCCAGGCCCGGCUCUGGGCUUAGAGGCGCAGGGAUCGGGGUCGCCCACCUGGCCGUCGCCAUGGGCUGCUCCAGCAGCGCCUUCCACAAGGUCCGGGUCAGCAGCGGGAUCCGCCGCGAAGAAAAUGAGUCAGGCACUGUCCAAACCAAGCCACAUCUGGUGGGCAGAGAACCGAAUUCUUAUGACCUGGUGCAGAGGGCAAACCUUCCCCCACUGGAGAAGCUCAAGGUGUCAGCCACACCAGUGGCCAACGGGCUGGGAUUCCACCCCAGUCAGCCCACGGGGUCAGGUGCCACGGACACAUCACCCCCAGGACCCGCAGAGCGACCACUAGCGCGAUCUGGUAGCAAAGGACAGACGGAAGUCAGUACGGCAAGAGAGGCCUGGACGGAGCUGCCCCCUUCGAAAGGAACCACUGAGGCUGAAGCUCUGGGCGCUGGAGCCCCAGGCCCGCUGUGGGGGGCCGCAGGGGAACCCGAGUCUCCUGCAGUGGAGGAAGGAAGGGAGGACACGCAGCUACCUGCAGAGAUGUCCACCAGGCAUGCCACUGAGGACAGGCCACCGGACACUGAGAGAGAACCCCCGGGCAGUGCAGCCAGGAGCACCGGGGAGCAGUCAGAUCAGCACCAGAAGGAAGAGCAGGGUGCUGAGGAGACAGUGGGUCAGAAGGGUUCCCCAAGAGACAUCCCAGAUCUAAGCUCCCCAGGGCAGCUCCCCCCAGCAUCCAGGAGUAUUGAGCAUCCAGCAGAAAUUCUCCAAGUUGGAGCCCACGGGGGCAGCCACAGAGGUCAGACAGAAGAGGUUGAGUCAGAGAUGGUUGAAGCUUUUGAGGAAGUGAGCAGAGGGGCUGAAGCAACAGAAGAGGAAACAGGGGAGGCUGUGGGCACCUCUGCGGCCACCUAGACCUCAUGGUGAGCCUCUCAGCCACCGGCAGGCCUGGCACCUGGCACAGAAGGCAGAAGCAUGUGGAGCUUACAGCGACAGGACGACCUUUCCGCUUCUCCGUCUUUGAAGGCAGGAAUGUGCCGAACGAUGUCUAGACUCUCUUCUACAGAACUGCUGAACUAUGCCUAUUUUCUUUGCCUCUUAGGAUGGGUGUGACUUGGAAUCUCAGAGAUGUCAUGUGGUGGGCAGCAAAAGGGGACCUUGGGUCUAUUCAGUAUC